AUGGCUAAGACCAAAACGACGCCGCCUCUAAACAGGAAACGACCUCAACCAUCCCUAACAUUACCUAUUCGACGGAGGAAACAACCCCAACCAACCCUAACAUCACCGCAUCUUCCGUUCGAUCUGGUAGAAGAAAUACUGUGCAGGCUCUCCGUCAAACACCUUCUUCAACUCCGCUGCGUCUGUAAAUCAUGGAAUUAUCUCAUCUCCCAAGAUUCAAACUUCGCCAAGAAACACCUCCGCUUGUCAACCUCCAGCCACAACCGCCACCACCUCACCCGAAUCCCUAAUGUGUAUCCAAAGAAGUUCGUUGUAUGUCAUUAUCCAAUCUCCUCUAUCUGCACCUCCGGAUCAACUACUCGUCGUGUCAAACAGUUCACCUAUUCUGUUACAGGGAUUCUUAACAAAGAAAACUAUGGUCAUAGAGCUUCCACCUGUGACGGCAUCAUAUGUUUUAAGCUAAAUGAAUCUUUAGCUGUUUUGUGUAAUCCUUCCAUUAGAAAAUUUAAGUUGUUGCCUCCUUUGAAACUUCCAUAUCAAUUAUUCAUCUCAUAUACCUUAGGGUAUCAUUGUUUCACCAAUAAUUAUAAGAUUAUUGCUCUUAAUGAAACUUGGAGUAGAAAAAUAGAAGUAUACGUUCAUACUUUAGGUACUGAUUAUUGGAGAAGGAUUCCGGACUUCCUCGGUCCCAAUGAAGCACGGACACGAUACGAGUAUCGGAUACGAUACGUAUCCGAUACGGCGAUACGUUACUAA